AUGGCCGCGGCACCAAUGACAGGGGGCCCGGACUACCAGAAGCCCAGCUGGGCUGGGAAGCCCUCGCUCUCCAACUUGUCUUUGGAGCUCAUCGUGGCUGGCGAGGUGCGCCAGAGGGUGGAGCUGGAUGUGCAGCAGCAUGACGCCUUUCUGGUAGGCCGCGAGAAGAACUGCGACGUGGUGCUGGAGGGCCUUGAGAAGAUGGCCUCACGCUACCAUUGCAUUCUGCAGUGCAAGGAGAAUUCGCCAGAGAUCUAUGUCUACGAUCUCAAGAGCUCUCAUGGCACUGUAGUGAAUGGCAAUCAGAUCGAUCCCAUGAAGUUCGAGCCACUUCGUGUGGGUGGACAGCUCAAGUUCAACGCGGUGAAGCCGACACCGCGGGACGUGCUGGCGGUGCUGUGUGGGCCGGAGGAGGCCAUGGAGGAAGAGGGAGACAUCGACCUCUCGGACUACCGGGAACAAGCGGCCAAGGAGCUGGCAGCCAAAGAGAAGGCCAUGCUCGAGGACCUGGCCCGGAGGAAAGCUGCCAAGAAGAAGCGCAUGCAUGCGGAGGCACAGAGAGAAGCUGUCGCGAAAGCGUAUGCAGCUAAGGCUCAGCACCAGAUGCAGCAGAGGAAGGAUCAGGAGGAGAAGGAUCGGGAGAAGCUGCACGAAGUCAAUUGGGGCAUGGGUGAGGAUGCUGUGGAAAUUCCGCUGGAGGAGCUACAUGGCGACGCCCAGAAGUUGAUGGAUGCCAAUGGCAAGCUGGACUUGGAGAAAGUCCGGCAGCUGAGCCUCACGCAGAAGCAGGAGGCGAUGGUGCAGAAGUUGGAGCAGAAGCAAAAGAAGAUUGCGAACCUGCUCAGGGAAAAGCAGCGUCAAGAGGAGCAGGCAGCCACCCGGGCACGCCGGAAACAGCAAUCCGACCUGGACAUCGAUGAGCUCCCAGACGCGGGCAUGGGCACGCAGAACAUGGAGAAGAUCCAGCGGUUGACGGAGAAGAUCGAGAAGUCUGAGGAGGACUUUGGAAACCAAGCUGACACGCUCUAUGUGUCCUUGGGCUUGAAGAAGGCAGGCUUCGGGCGUGUGAGCAAGAGGCAAGCAGCGCUCUAUGACACACGCGACGACGGCAGCGACGACGAGUUCUUUGACCGAACGGCGCAGGCAGGGAAGGACGCCGUGAAGGAGAAGGAGGCCGUGGACAUACCCUCGGAGCUGAUUGGCCUGCCCACGAUGGCGGAGGUGGAGAACGAGAAGUCUCUGGAGGCCAAGCUGCUUCAGCUCAAAGCGGAGAAGGCCCGCGUCUCCGCGCAGCUGGCAGCUGAGAAGGUGAAGGCCAAGAAGGAGGCGGAGGUGGGAGACAUGGAGGACGACUCCUUAGACGCCUUCAUGAGCGCCACGGUGAAGGAGCUGCGCGAGGACAAGGGCGGCAAGCUCCAGCGCCGCCUCCAGGAAGUUGAGAAGCGCCUGGGCGAAUUCGAGGCCAUGCUGAAGAAGGCCAAGGUCAACAGCGAGACCCCUUCAGCAGCGCCCAAAGCGAAGGUGGAGAAGGUGGCAAAGGUGGAAACCCCAAAGGCGAAGGCAGACAAGAGGCCCGUGACCUCCACAGCGGAGGUCUUGGCAAGGCUCACCAAGGCGGAGGCCAAGGCCCAGGCGACCAAGGCAGCCGAGGCCGCGGCCAACGCGGAGUCCGCGACUAAAGCGGCAGAUGAGCCCAAAGCAGAGGAGACCAAAGAGCCGGCCAAAGAGGCGCCACAGGCUCAGGAGAAAGCCGCUGCCAAGCCAGAGUACCACAUCAAUCCGGAGCAGGCAGGUUUGCAAUUCCUGGGCAAGACGGAGCCGGCCGCAAAGAAGCGGAAGGUCUACGGGGUCACAAUGCCCCCACAGUUCCGGAACACCCGGGACAUGGAUCAGGCCCGCGCCGCAGCGCAGGACUUCAGCAGCUUCUACAGUAACUACCGCCUCGGCAAGGCCUUGGGCAAGGGCUCCUAUGGCUACGUCUUUCUGGCGAAGGCACGUUACUCGCAGAACUCCUAUGCGGUGAAGGUUCAGACCUCGCGGCGAACCGCGGCCAAGAAGAUCGAGCACGAGGCGAAGAUCUGGAAGUUGUCGGCCACCCAUCGCAACGUGGUGCACUUUCUGCAGAUGUGCCAGGAGGCGGACAUCUACUUCAUGGUCAUGGAGGCUUGUCAGUGCUCACUCUUCGACCGCCUCAUCGACAACCCCAAGUGGGUCUGGGAGCAACUGGUUUCAGAUCUGCACCAGCUGGUUGCGGGGCUGCAGCACUUGCACAGCCGCAGGGUUCUGCACAGCGACAUCAAGGCUGAGAACGCCCUCUACGGGGGUUCGGAUGGGAAGACGCUGAAGCUCGCGGACUUUGGGCUCGCGGUGUACAUCACCCCCGCCGAGGGCCCGCUGACGCGCGCCAGGGGCUCUAGGUCCUACAUGGCUCCAGAGAUGCUGGCGGGGGAAGGCUACAACUUUCCCGCGGACAUGUGGUCCUUCGGCGUGCUGGUCUAUGUGCUUCUAGUGGGGCAGUUCCCCAUUGGCCAGUCCAAGCAGACCAAGAGUGAGCUGACCAGAAACAUCAUCCGCGUGGAGAGAGAGCCCGCGAGGCUCACCAAUUUGGCCAACAAGCUGAAGAGGACCAUCGCCUCAGAGCAGGGCAAGCUGGAUAAGCGGCGCUUGGCCUCCGAGAAGACGGGGAGCUCCGUAGACUUCGCCCGCAUCGCCCCCUCCAGCGAAGGCGAAGGCUCUGCCGCCGCAGAGGACCUCCUCACCAGGCACGUUUCUGUGCAGAUGAAGCGCCUGAAGGUGGUGGAGUUCAUCCGCCUUUUUCUGCAGCGGAACCCCCUGGAGCGGCGCACCGCCACGGAGGCCAUGCAGGCGGAACUCUUUCUGCAGGCGCCGGAAGAGAAUCCGAUGCUGGUGAUCAACCGGAGGCCUCUGAAGCGCACAGACGCCAAGGAGGAGCCGAAGCUGGAGAAGGACAAGGACAGCUCAGAGAAGGAGAAGAAGACGGACCCGAAGGAGACCAACGUCACCGAAGCCGGAGACGCCUCUUCCACCGGCUCCGGCGGUUCCGCGGGAGGAGCCCAAGCCUCCGCCCCUGCGGAGGCGGUCGCUGACCACCGGGGCAAGCAACGUGGAGGAGAGGAUUCCUCACCAAAACCGACCAUGCGACGGCGCUCGCUGAGCGGGCUGGACAAUGCGGAUACCCCCGGCAUGCAGCGAUUGCAGGUGCCCAAGUUCCGGCCCAAGCCCUUGCGCCCCGCAGAGCCAGUGGUGACCCCGGAGGCGACCCCGGAGGAGCCCAAAGUUGUGUCGGGCUUGGCCUCACCCUCGCCGUCCGACGGGGGCAAAUCCCCAAGCACUAUGAUGCUGGAGGUGCAGGAGACGGAGACCAAGCCGCUCGAGAAGCCGGCUGAGAGAAGUCGGCCAAGGGCGGGCUCUGGUGGCAUCAUCGCCAACGCUUCCGACAGUGACUUGAACGACCGGGGGUCGAUGGUCUCUGCCACCCACAGCAGGAUGAGCAGAAUGAGUAGCCUACGGAUGCGCAGCAGCAUGGGCAUGCUGAGCCGAGAUCAAUCGGGCUUUGAUUUGCUCCAUCAGCUGGCUGCGAAUAGCGACCCUGUGGGCACUUCCUGGAAUCUCCAGGACUCCGCGCUGUUUUCCACCUCCAACAACGGGGCCCGGCUGGCCCGGGACAAAGUCAUGCGUUCCAUGGGCUCGCGGGGCUCCAACAACGACCCCUCCGAGCUGCAUUCCCACCUCGGGAGAACCUCAUCUCCGAUGGCGCCGCGCAUCCAGAGAGUGACAACCGCACCAGCCAGUCCCGGGCGGAUCGCAAAUGGGACGACGCGGACGGUCCCACCCCUAGCCGCCUCCAGCGGCGUGUGUCUUAUGGGGAGGCCAGCCCGCCGUCCUUGCGGCGCCGGGUCUCCUUUGACGAGGUGCUGUGCAUGCAACACAUGGUGCCCAACCAGAUGGGCUCCGGCUCCCAAUGAGUGCGAGGCCAGAAUUGACCGACGCCUGUGGCAUGCAAGACGCAAUGCCCAUCUAUCAACCCCGCGAGUCGAAUCGCAUCCAGUGCGCCGAUCCAUGAGGUAUCUUACGUAGGGUUUGGGGCUUGGGAAUUUUCCCAGCCCAAACUUUACGCGCGAUCUUUACCCACCUGGGCUUCGCAAAAUGAUAUGCAUGUUCAGUGUGGUCCACGCUUUUGUGGUGUCCGUGGUUUCAUAAACCUCAUGUGAUCAAUGUGCAAUACACAGCACAUGUUGUGAAAUGAGACCUCUUUUUUGCCUUGCAAGCCUGGCAACCAGUUGCAAGGUGAGAAUAGACGUGUUCCAACUCCGCCUUGCCCGCUGCUGAUUUUCGUUCAUUUGGCGGUGGGCGGCUUCGACCCAGCAC